CCCAAAACCCGCUUUUUCUCUCCGUCUCUCUCUUAGUCCUUUUCAUUCAAGCCUUUGCUUUUCUUUUUUGCCUUCUUUCAAUUCCGGUGGCAAGUCUAUACAUACAUCCCUAAAUCCCAACAAUUAUGUCUUCUUCUGGCAACUUCAAUCACCUCUCUCACCCCCAUAUUUACGAGAGAAAGUCAUGGUUUAUGAGAUGGUUGAGCAAGCUUUUCAAAGGUGGGUCUAGUUAUCGUGGGCAGCUUGGUGGUACAAAUCGCGCUCCACAGUUUAUAGGAGACGAAAAUAUGGUUCUAAGAGCUCCGGUUAGAUCCUUGGAUAAUCGCUCAAGGACUGAUAAAGAAAACGAAGAAUUAGAUCGAGCCAUUGCACUUUCUUUGGCUGAAGGUAUAAAAAGACCAAAUGGAUACGGGUGGCGCCUCAACAAUGAUGAUGAUCGUGGAAAAUCUGCUCAGGACAGCUUAUAUUCUUCAAAUCCUCCAUAUGCUCCCAGAGAAUAUCAGCCAAUGGGAUAUCGAAUAUGUGGUGGCUGCAAUCGCGACAUUGGGUAUGGAAAUUAUUUGGGAUGUAUGGGGAAAUAUUUCCACCCUGAGUGCUUCUGUUGUCGUGCUUGUCGUUACCCAAUCACAGAACACGAGUUCUCUUUAUCAGGGAACGAUGCUUACUACCAUAAGACUUGUUUCAAAGAGCUUACACAUCCUAAGUGUGAAGUCUGCUUUCAAUUUAUUCCCACAAAUGGAGCUGGGUUGAUCGAGUAUCGAUGCCAUCCUUUCUGGUCCCAGAAAUAUUGUCCUGUACACGAGCAUGAUAACACAGCACGAUGCUGUAGUUGUGAACGGUUAGAGUCGGUGAAUGCAAGAUACAUAUCUUUAGGAGAUGGAAGAAGUUUAUGUUUAGAGUGUAUGGAAUCUUCAAUAAUGGAUACUGGUGAUUGCCAGCCACUUUACCACACUAUUAGGGAUUACUAUGAAGGGAUGAACAUGAGACUUGAUCAACAAAUUCCAAUGUUACUGGUCGAAAGACAAGCCCUUAAUGAAGCUAUUGUUGGGGAGAAAAAUGGAUUCCAUCACAUGCCCGAGACACGGGGGCUUUGCCUUUCUGAGGAGCAAACUGUGACAAGUAUAUUGAAAAGACCUAAAAUCGGGGGUAAUGGAUUGAUAGGAAUGAGAACACAACCUCAAAAAUUGACUCGACGAUGUGAAGUUACAGCCAUUCUUGUUCUUUACGGUCUCCCAAGAUUACUAACGGGUGCCAUUCUUGCUCACGAGUUGAUGCAUGGCUGGUUACGUCUCAAAGGUUAUCGAAACCUAAAUCCCGAGGUGGAAGAAGGUAUCUGUCAGGUGCUUUCACAUAUGUGGCUCGAAUCAGAGAUCAUGCCUGGAUCGACCUCAUCAGCUCCAUCCUCAUCUUCUUCAGUUUCAAAGAAAGGUGGAAAAUCGAGGGUAGAGAAUAAGUUGGGUGAGUUUUUCAUGCAUCAAAUAGCUAAUGAUGCUUCACCUGCAUAUGGAGGAGGAUUCCGAGCUGCUAAUGAAGCAGUGCAUACCUAUGGUCUGCGCCGUACACUUGAUCACAUUCAACUAACUGGAAGCAUUCCCCUGUGAAUUUCUUCAAAAUUCAUUCCCCUGCUUUACUAUAUAGUCCUUCGAGGAUUCGAGUUGAUUAUAUGGAGGCUUGACAAAGCAACCCAAGUUUUUUCUGGGUCAUUAUAGCGAGUACACGAGGAAAAUGACUGAUGAGUUCUAAGAAACAAGUCUUUAUCAAUAAACUUACAAGUGUAAUUUUU